AUGAAGUCCUCGACUCUGCUCAUCGCACUUCCCCUCGCAGUUUCCGCCUCAGUUCCCACCAUCUUCAGCGGCUGCAAUUACAAGCCCAUCGGCGUGGAGCCUUGGUACAACUGCAACGAGCAGAACGGGGGGUCGGACCCUUGUGCUGAGCAACAGGAUUGCUACAUGGCCUGCGGCAGUGCGGGCUCCAACGACAAGAAGGAUGACUUCGUUAUUGUCGCCGAGUGGAAUGGCAAUUCUCAGGGUACCUGCAACUGCAAGUGUUACCUGAAGUAG